AUGUCACAUUUUCGGCUCAUCUAUGGUAAGCCAUGUCAUUUGCCUGUCGAGUUGGAGCACAAGGCAUAUUGGGCAGUGAAGACCUUCAACAUAGAUCUAGAUGCCGCCGGAGUUCAUAGAAAGCUCCAAUUGAAUGAACUCGAGGAGCUUAGGAAUGAAGCUUACGAGAAUGCCUGGAUUUACAAGGAUAAGACCAAGGCCUAUCAUGACAAGAUGCUUCGUACCAAGACAUUCUCCAAGGGGCAGAAAGUGCUCCUCUUUGAUUCUCGCCUUCGGUUAUUCCCCGUCCAAAGUUUGAAAACUGGCCACGAGUUCAAGGUGAAUGGGCAUCGUUUAAAGCCUUAUUACGACCUGUUUGAGGAGCAUGUGGUGGAGGAACUACACCUCCAUGCCGUGGGCUCCAAGGAAGCAUAA